AGUGGUGCGAGGCGCUGGUGUGUUGAAGGUGAGAAGUACCGUUCAGGGUGCUGACGGGGAUGCUCACUCCCCCCUCUCGGGCCACACAAGGCGACGGAACGGGAGGAAUGGACGGUGCGCGGAACGUAAAUCAUCCGGUAACAAUGCCGCUGCCGCAGCCACAUUUUUCGUCGGAUACCUACCGCGAUUGAUGAGCUAGGCGGUGCUUUGCGGUGCCUCUGGGCGAUCGUCUCCGUUUAGUGUCGCGCAUUGAGUGGAAGCGUUCACAUCGUGGUCGUCGCAAGUGGGUGGUUUCAAUUUCGUCGGUGGGUUCUGUGGUUAGUGGAGAUUAACUGAAGUAAAUCUGCUUGGGGAAUGCAUUUUGCGAUCGAUCGUUGCGGCUUAGUGAAGUCUAUAAACGAACCUUACGACUUGACUCCAAAAAACCAGAAGAUGGAAAGCGACCACCAUCAGACGGAUGCGGCGGGAAAGAUCGACCGAUCCAUGCUUAAGCUGGGACCAUUCGAUACGAACAUUGGAUUGCCACAGCAGCAGCAGCAGCAGCAGCAGCAGCAGCAACUGCAACAGUACUCUCCAGGACCGUACGGAGAUCAGCAUAGAUAUUCGUCGCCCGUUACGCCCGUCACGCCAACCAGUCCUUUGGUGUGCUAUCCUCAAAUGAAAAAUCGUGUUCUGCGCCCUGGUGUGAGCCGGAAGUACCGGAAGCGAGCCAUUCUGAAGAAUGGCGACUGUAAUGUGGUGCUUUCGCGGCCACCGCGACAACAUUUGCGCUUCCUGCAGGACAUCUUCACCACGCUCGUCGAUGCCCAGUGGCGAUGGACGUUGACCGUGUUCACGUUUAGCUUUAUUGGCUCGUGGCUCUUCUUUGCCGUAAUUUGGUUUUUAAUUUCCUAUACCCACGGUGACCUGGAAGAAAUGCAUCUCCCCGACAAUCAAUCGGAAAUCGGAUGGAUACCGUGCGUAUACAACAUCUACUCGUUCACUUCGGCGUUCCUGUUUUCGAUCGAAACACAACACACCAUCGGUUACGGUGUGCGGAUGCCGACGGAAGAGUGCCCGGAAGCGAUCUUCGUCAUGUGCUUCCAGUCGAUCUAUGGGCUGCUGAUCCAGGCGUUCAUGGUGGGCAUCGUGUUCGCGAAGAUGACACGCCCGAAGCAACGCAGUCAGACGCUCCUGUUCUCGAAGAAUGCGGUCGUGUGCCAGCGUGAUGGGGAGCUGUGCCUCAUGUUUCGUGUUGGCGAUAUGCGCAAGAGUCACAUUAUCGGUGCAUCAGUUCGGGCACAGCUGAUAAGAACGAAGGUGACGCGCGAGGGUGAAGCGAUGGCACAGUUCCAGCACGAGCUCGACGUUGGAUCCGACGGUUGCUCGUCCGAUCUGUUCUUCAUCUGGCCCCAGAUUGUGGUGCAUCGGAUCAGCAAGGAUUCCCCGUUGUACAACAUGUCAGCAUCGGAUAUGCUGCGCGAAAGGUUCGAGAUCGUGGUGAUCCUCGAGGGAACGGUCGAGUCGACCGGUCAGUCAACGCAGGCCCGCUCGAGCUACGUAAACACGGAGAUUCUGUGGGGCCAUCGGUUCGAUCCGGUCGUUUGUUAUAACAAGGAGCAGCAAGGAUACGAGAUCAAUUACAGCAAGUUCGAUUCUACGUUACAAGUCGAUACACCGCUCUGUUCGGCCCGAGAGCUGGCCGAGUUCUAUCGAGCCCAGGAUGACUACCAACCGACCGUCGAUAAUGGUGAUAAUGUGUCCACUAAAACGCAGCUCGAGCGACGCUGGCAGCAUCACUACAGUACGGUCAUGAACACGCUCAGCCAGUACAAUCUGACCGACGAUACGAUGGGCCAAGCCGCCGACGAGAACUAUCUCUAUCCGACGCGUUACCUCACGAUCCAGGGUGUACCGAGGCGCCGCAAGUCCUACCAGGCGCUGCAGAACAAUCUCUGGAAUCUGUUCGAUCAUCCACCGAACCCUCGGACGAAUUCGACCGUACCGACCUCGAGUGAGUCCGAUGCGAGCCCGGCCAGUCCACGGAAGGCACGGGACGAUGAUCCGCUCGUGCCGAGUGUGACCGUGCAGAACGUGAAUGAAAAGGCGCCCCAGAUAUGAGGUGGUGGUGGUUGCUGGUUAACAUAUAUAGAUCUGGAAGCUCUUCGCGGAUUCACGGAUGUGACGAUUAGCGUACUUAACUCACGGUGUGCCGCGGUUUAGAUUAGAUGAUUAGAGACGAAACGAUCGUACACUCGUCACUCUUGACGGCAAUUCAAUAAACUAGAUUUCAUCUCGCAGA